AAUGGGAAUAAUUUCACUCCUGGCAGGCCAGCACUGAUGCAGGGACAGCAGGCGCCCUGACCCCCCAGCAUGUCCGAGCUCAUUCCUCCCCAGCAUCGCUGCAGCUGGGAGCCGUUUCUCCAGGGACACUUACACCCUCUGGAGUAGUGACUGGACCUGGGGCUCCAUCUUCUCAACAUCUCCGCCAGUCUUCAUUUGAGAUCCCCGAUGAUGUGCCUUUGCCACCAGGCUGGGAGAUGGCUAAGACACCAUCUGGACAGAGAUACUUUCUUAAUCACAUUGAUCAAACAACAACAUGGCAAGAUCCUAGGAAGGCCAUGCUUUCCCAGAUGAAUGUUACAGCUCCCACCAGUCCUUCUGUGCAGCAGAACAUCAUGAACUCGGCAUCAGGCCCACUCCCCGAUGGAUGGGAACAAGCUAUGACCCAGGAUGGAGAAAUUUACUACAUAAACCAUAAGAACAAGACAACAUCUUGGCUAGACCCAAGGCUUGACCCACGCUUUGCCAUGAAUCAGCGAAUCAGCCAAAGUGCUCCAGUGAAACAGCCACCCCCUCUGGCUCCUCAGAGUCCCCAAGGUGGUGUGAUGGGUGGAAGUAGCUCCAAUCAGCAACAACAGAUGAGACUUCAGCAGCUACAGAUGGAGAAGGAAAGGCUGAGACUGAAGCAUCAAGAACUGCUUCGGCAGGAAUUGGCUCUCCGUAGCCAGCUUCCAACAAUGGAACAAGACGGUGGAUCUCAAAAUCCUGUGUCAUCUCCUGGAAUGUCUCAGGAACUGAGAACAAUGACUACAAAUAGUUCUGAUCCCUUUCUUAACAGUGGCACAUAUCACUCCAGAGAUGAAAGCACAGACAGCGGACUCAGCAUGAGCAGUUACAGUGUCCCCAGAACCCCCGAUGACUUCCUGAACAGUGUUGAUGAGAUGGAUACAGGUGACAGUAUCAGCCAAAGCAACAUACCGUCCCAUCAGAACCGUUUCCCAGACUACCUUGAAGCCAUUCCAGGGACAAAUGUGGACCUUGGGACACUGGAAGGAGAUGGGAUGAAUAUAGAAGGAGAAGAACUGAUGCCAAGUCUGCAAGAGGCUUUGAGCUCUGACAUCCUUAAUGACAUGGAAUCUGUCUUGGCAGCCACCAAGCUAGAUAAAGAGAGUUUUCUUACUUGGUUAUAGGGGCCUCAGGGAGACUGAAUUCUAAAUCUGUGAAGGAUCUAAGGAGAAUAGGACAUCUGUAUCUGAAGUUCAGAACAAGCCAGUGUGGCACACUUUGGCUUGUGUUCAGAAAAAGUAAAUGAACAAAUAUUCAACAAGAUUCUUUCGUUUUGCUCUUCCUUGUCCAUCGCUGCUGUUAUAUAUUGCUGACUUUUUUCCACAGUUGACUCUGAAGAACAGACAUCUUCUUGAUCUUUUUCUAUUGCUGUUGCAACUACUGUUCAAGGGGGGUGGGGAGGGAUGAUGAGCCUAUUUGGAUGAUGAAUGCCAUUCCUUUUGUCCUAGUGUGCGCUUGCAUAUCAUUUUAUCUAAGUACUCAGAUUUGAGAGUUAAUUUCUGCAUGUCACUGCUUGUAGUUUGCUCAGCUAGUUGUCUCCUGCUGCCCGUGGCAAGUGGUAAAACAUGACAUACUGGGGUGACAAGCCAAAAAUGAUGUAUCUGGUCAAAAGAAGUCAAUACUGAUUUGGAGAUACGACUUAAAGGAGGGCUGAAGACUGUUUGGCAUUAAGUGUUUCUACUAGUAGCUCUUUUCAUUAGUCACAAAGUGCUCUUGUUCAUAUUUUAUGUUAUUAGUAAAUCAUGAGUCAUUUUACAUAGAAACAUAUAUGAACUUUGAUUGUUGCCACAUAUUCUAGCCUAACUUUUGUUUGUCAAAAAUAGUUUGAUUAUUUUUGUUAGUUGGUUUAACUGUAGUUGUAGGAUGGGAAGUAAUUAUAGGUGUUCUUUUUUUUUUUAAAUAGUGAAAUCUAAGGGUUUUUUCUGAUUUCACAUAGUCUUAUUUAAAUCUGAAUUGUCUGCUUUUUUUUUAUACUUAAAACAUGCCUAUUGUAGCCUGAUAAGCUAGUGAGUACAUAAACCAGUAUGUUUUGCCUGUAACUUUUUUAUUUUUUUAAAAGGCUAGCUUUGAAUGUAAUCAUUAGAAUUCAUGACCAGUGGCUUAUUUUUCAUGUUUAUUUGCAAGAUUUUCAAUUAGAAUCUGAUUUCAGCAAUCCUCAGUGUCGUAUGUACAAUUUUUAAAUGCAUUUUAAGGUAGCAGAAACCAUUUUAAAAUCUCAGAUGUAUCUAAUCUCUCUUCUGGUUUUCAGUUUUCAUAUCUAAGCGAGUUUAGAUUUUUAAAUCCUUAAUGGGAAAAAACUACGAAAAGUUUCUCCUAAGUUAGCACGGAAAAAGUCUGAACUAUUAAUAUCACUCAUAAGUUGCAAUGAAAAGGCUAGAACACCAAAAAAAAUCCUCAAGAAAAACUCCUAAGUGUAGUAGUUAUCAGAUUCUGUUUGGUGAAAAAUAAGCCCUGGACACUAUAUGUAGAAGAAUGUAAAGAUAUGUGUUAGAUGGUGACAUGAGCAGGUAAUGAAGUGUAUAUUAGUAGUAGAGCUUAGCAUGGGGUAGAGGUGAGUAUGAAUUAUCUUUAUUUUAACAGGAAAAGAUGUAUCACUAAGUUGUCUGCAGGAGUUGACACAGUUUCCAAAGAGUAUUUUUAAAUGAACAAAAUGAGCAUGAAUCAAACUUUCAGUAUAAGCUAUGAAGUUUUGUGGGGCUUUUUUUUUUUUUCUGAUAAAAAAAAUAGUGUCACCCGUUAACACCUCUAUAAUUAAGGGCCUGUCACCAUUCUCAACAUGAGCCUUUAUUUUCAAGGGUGUAUAAACAUGAUUAUAAAGAUACUGUAAGUGUGAAACAGUUUUGAAAAAAAUCUCAGCUAGCAGGGACUUCUCCUGAGGAGAGAUUUUUGGGGGGUUUUUGUUUUGCAUUUUUUUAAAGACAUUGAUUAUUUUUCAACUUAGGAACGAAUCAGCAAAACAAACCCCCAUAUUAUUAUUAUUAUCAUCUGGAUUCUUUUAUGCUUCAGAAAUACUUCUGGUUUAGGAUAAUGUAAUGAAUUAAAAUUCUGAACCAAGUCUCGUUUUAAAAACUGAAGCAGCAGAGACAGAGAUUUGAAAUUUGCCACUAUAAAUGUACAUUUACUACUUUACAUAAGAUAAUAGUGUUUGAAAUACACAAAAUUUGUUUGUGGCUUGUUAUGGAAUACAGGCAGGUUUUAAAAUACCAAUUUUCAAAACACAUCCAUAAUGAUAAAUAUAUUCUGCUACACCAAUAAUUCAGCGAUUAAUAGGCCACUUAUAUUGUGCAAUGACACAGUAGCUCCUAAAGCAGUAUAUUGUGUCCAAGUUAGGGAUUUUAGUAGCAUUUUUACAGUUUCAUUAUGAAUUCUUCUCUCUUCUUCCCUUCAGGAAAAAAAAAGACACUAAGCUGUUAUAACUUGAAUGGUCUGACAUAAAUCCACAACAGCAAGGAAAUGCAGAGUUUAUUCCAUUUCAGUUGUCUUCCACAGUUGUAUCCAGGUGUAGCAGCACACACGAUGCACUGAGUGCAAGCUCCUGACAGGCUGUACCUCGCUACAACAGGGAUGAGUACAGAACAAAUUUUCUUUCCUUGCUUUUGUGUGUUUGUCACAGCUUUAAUAUUUGAAUGUUUUCUUCUCAUUGUAGAAACACUAAAUGGCUUAUACUGUAUUUGGGUAGCACUGCUUAGGGUAGAUACUGACAAACUGGGAAUCCUUGAACUGCUCUAACAUUAAUUCUGUUUUGUGAUACUUAUUUUAAUUGAUUUUAAUACAUUUCCGUUCUCUCAUUUAUUAGGAAACAUACCAUAGAGAUGCUGUACUGUUGGCAAUCAACAUUAAUUUGGAUUUUUUUUUUUUUUUUAAUUCUACAAAUGCAUUGUUUGAUGAAGUGGUUAAAAAUGUUUGAAAUGCAAAAGUGUUUUGCGUAGUAUUUUAUACUGAUGUAUAUAUUGAAACAGAAAUCAUUGUAAUAAUUGUAAUAGCGUUUAGUUAUAAAUACACUACAUGCAGACAGAUGGGGCUGUACAGUAAGUACUGUGCUGUUCAACACCUGGGCUGGGCGACUGCUUGGAAACAGGUUGCAGUGUCAGUAAAAACCACACGGAUCAAACAUUGUACCAUUCAGUGUUGGCGCUCACCAAUGCAAAAGGAGAAGAGACGAUUUCAAUGUGAUUAACACUACAUAGCUCUCACACAGCUGGUAAAUUAGUACUAAAGUGACCUUUUCACUUACAAGCAUGUUUGUUGGUUUUUUUUUUUUUUUUUAUACAAAUUAACAGGUGUGCCUGUGUAAAAUAAUUUGUUUUCUGUAUCUUGGAAAAAAUACUCUCCACAUUUAGAAUAUGUUGUAUGUUAGAGAACUCUUAAAUGCACCCUUGUCAAAAAUUAUAUAUAUUAGUUACCAAUGUUACUUUUAGAUAUGAGCAUGACUGUAAGUUAGGUACUUAAGUACGUUCUGUUACAUUAUUUUUCUUUAUGUAAUACUUUUUCAGUUGUUUUAUUUGGUAUAAAUAUAUACUUUGUGCUUAAACAUGUUUGUUUGUUUUUAACAUUCGGUAGUAUGUAAAGAUACUGAUUUCCUUCAGUAAGAGGGAUGCAUUGAAUUGUUGGAAUUCCUGUUGUGGUAUGUCUGUUCUCGUCCCCCUUGUCACAGCUUUUGUAGCCAUAAACUCCAGUCCUGCACACGUUGUGUACGAGCUCACCUAAGGGACAAAGGAGACCCACUGAAGUCAGAAAAGGGUUAACAUUAAUGUACACAUCUCUGUGUUUGCAGUAAGUGCAGAGACAGUGACUCUACUAAGCCUUGUGUAAAUCAAGACAUUAAUUAAUACGGCGCUGCAGUGAGAGCCGGUAGCAGAAUGUCCUUUUUCUGCUAUAAGAAAGCAUCCUCUUUUUGCAGAUGUGCUUGCAAUGUUCAGGAUCUUCCCACGUAGAAGAUACACUUUUGGCUAACUCUAAGUUUAUACGACAAUUUGUGUUAGACUAUCAAUAAAGACACGCUAUUUUCAUUUCCAA